CUAGUUGACGCAUUCGGUCCAAUGAACUGCCGUAGCCAAGGCGACAUCUAGUGUACAUAUCUAUGAUUCACAGUGAGGCAACAACAUAUUGCAUAAUAUUGACAUUACGUCUUCAAAAGGGCUAUUCUCAGCUAACGUAACGAGAAGGUUAUGGCUGUUGCAGAACUAGUGGCAAAAUGCUUGCAGGCACGCGAGAUGGCUUACUGUCCCUACAGUAAUUUUCAAGUCGGUGCCGCCAUUCUGACGACAGGAGGCGCCAUUAUCACUGGCUGCAAUGUUGAGAAUGCCUCCUAUGGCCUUACCAUUUGUGCAGAAAGAACUGCAAUACAGAGAGCAGUCGCAGAAGGCCACAGAAGAUUUACAGCUAUAGCGGUCACAUGUGAUAUCAAAGACAGUUUUGUGGGACCUUGUGGUGCUUGUCGACAGGUGUUAAUGGAGUUUGGUACAGAAUGGGACGUUUACUUGACUAAGCCAGAUGGAUCCUAUAAGAAGACCAGCCUCAGAGAGCUCCUGCCUUUAGCAUUUACACCAGCUCACCUGGGAAAGAACUGAGUGUCAUGACAUUUAUUUACAUCUUGGAUUGAUUCCAGUUGUGAACAGUUAAAAUGUCAGCAGUCUGUUUGCUUUGCUUCAAGACUUUGCAGUGAUCCGAUUUUAUUUUGAUAAGAAUGAACAAAGUGCUGGUUUGUUUAAAAAGAACCAAGUAUUUUUUAAAGUGACCACUUAAUUUAGUGUUUUACCAGCAAAAAGAUCAAGUUGAACAUACAUUAAAAUAGCAGACUUUUUUCCAAAUCUUAAGAAUUUAUUUUUAUAAUACAAAUUUUAAGAAGUUGUAUACACUGCUCCCUGCAAACAAUAAAAUUUGUAUGCUAUUGUAGCUGUUUAUAUUGCACUUUAUAUUGGUUUAUAGUAACAAUAAUCUGUAUUAGGCAUGGGCCGCUAUGAGAUUUGUCUAAAGUGUGUAAUUUACAAAUGUCUAUAUAUACAAACAACAACCUUUCUACUUAACACAAUACUUUUUAUUUUAAGCAACAUUUAACAUGCAUGCCAGGUAAAUAUAAAGCAUUUAAAUUAAUUUUCUUUAAAAUUAUAUACUUUUUGUAAUAUGUAUUAAAUGUAAACAUCAAAUCAAUAACAUGACUUAAUUGAAGGAUCCUACCUUAGAUCCUCACGUGCAGAAUGUUUUUAUUAUUAUGUUUUUUAAGUUUAUUUCUAAUCAUUUAUUUACAUAAUCAUUUUAUAAUCAUUAGUUAUCCAUAUAAUUGUUUAUUUAAUAUUAUUUUAUCAUUAUUAAUUUUAUUAUUAUCAUUUUAGUUAUUACAUUAUUGUUUUUAUUCAUUUAUUCAUUCAUUCAUUAUAUUUCUAUAUUAUAUAUGUCUCUUAUUAAUGAUUUCAUGAUGGUUCAGUCUCACAUUUGUGAAGUUUCAAGAGCUGUUCUGUCUGUGUGUAAACAGAGAUAGAUAAAGAGAAUGUUUAUGGAAGCCCAAGGUCUAAGGGAUGUUGCAGCUGAGCAAUUUGGAUAUAACAGUGAUAUAACAGCUGUAUUCCUGGGGUAGACGAGGUUUGAACAUUGAGACAUAUGCAACUGAAACUGAAGCUGUCCAUCAAUAAAACUCUGUUCUAUUUCAUCAUCUAAAA